AUGAUUGUUAAAGAGUUUCAGGUCAUGUGGGGAGACAUGGUAGCGAGGUAUAACUUAUCAAGUAACUCUUGGUUCGACCAAACCUACGAGUUGAGGUAUUUAUGGGAUCUUGCAUAUUUGAGGGACCAAUUUUUUGGGCAAAUCAGGACAACAUGUCAGUGUGAAGGGAUUAACUCUCUAAUAAAAGCAUAUGUGAGAAAGAAAGAUAUCCUUCUUGAAUUCAUCAAUAACAUGGAGACCGUUGUUAGCCAUUAUAGGAACAAUGCAAGAGUUGCAGAGUUUAAUAGUAAAUAUACCGAUCCAGUACUUGUGACUUCUUUGCCGACACUUGAAGAUUUUGCUGCAAAAAUUUUCACUCGUAACAUGUUCCAGGAGGUCAGGAAGAAAAUUGAGGGUGCUUGUGCUAUGAAUACAGAGUUGGUAAUUCAGGAUGGUGGAAAACUAUAUUUCAAGUGUAACAAUUUUGGAGUGCCAGAGAUUGAUCAUGUGGUUGAGUUUGACAUAGUUGGAAGGAUGCUUCGUUGUGAGUGUCUGUGGUUUGAAAAUAGAGAGAUUCCUUACAUGCACAUAUUCGCAUGCCUAAAGCACCAACACAUUGAAGUUAUUCCAGAACGCUUAGUGUGCAAACGUUGGACGAAGAAUGCCAAGAGUGAUUUUAUGAAGUCAAACAUUGAUGAUCCAAAUGAUUCUGAUAAGGUACUAAAGUGUCGUUUGGGUGUGUUGGGUGCUGAGUGUUCUAGGUUGAUAGAUGUUGCAUGUAAGAACUCAAGUGAUUUUGUUGAAGCAAUGAAUGAUGUUGUCAACACAAUUACAAAAACUCAAAAUCGAGGUGAAAAUCCACGCAACGGUAAUUUAGACGAUAACUACGUUGUUGAUCCAUUGGUGGUGAAGACGCAAAAGGCAGGCAGUGUGAAAAAUCAGCAAAAGAUAGAAAAAGAUAGGAACAUCGGUGGUAGAAUAGCAGCUAAAUCGGCUUUUACUGAUCAAGUGAAAACAUCAAGUCCUGGUCCUAAUAUACCGAUUUGUGCAUCUACAAGUAACGAAGAGUUCGGGAUGAAUUCCAGACUAGCAGAGUCUCCUGUUGUGGCUCCUGAAACUGGAAUGGCAGAUUGA